CGAACGGCCAUGGCGCUGCCCACCCGGGGUCGAGUAAUCAUCGACACGACAGCAGGAGAAAUCGACAUUGAAUUGUGGUCGAAAGAAACACCAAAGACAUGUCGCAACUUCAUUCAACUUGCGAUGGAAGGAUACUAUGACGGCGUUAUCUUUCACCGCAUAGUAUCCAACUUCCUCGUACAGACUGGCGACAAGACGGGUACUGGAGGCGGUGGAGAGUCCGUAUACGGAGAACCUUUCGAGGAUGAGAUCCAUCCGCGUUUGCGCUUUGCCCAUCGCGGGCUGGUCGCCAUGGCGAAUAACGGCACCAAGAACUCGAAUGACUCGCAGUUCUUCGUCACUCUUGACAGAGCUGAUGAGUUGCACGGAAAGCACACACUCUUUGGUCGGGUAAUCGGUGAUACAAUCUACAAUCAAGACGAUACGGAUAGCCGACAAUCCUUUCCCAGAUAUCAUCCGCGGAUUACCGCUGAGGAGAAGCGAGCCCAGCAACGAGCGCGCGAACAAGCUCAGCGUGAACGGGAAGAGGAGCAGCGGCGACGAGGAGCCAAAAAAGACGUCAAGCUCUUGAGCUUCGGUGCUGAUGAAGGCGCCGAGGAGGAACCUAUACUAAUCAAGAAGAAGCCAAUCGUCCGUCCUGACCUGGUCGAUGUCGAGCCGCCGACGCCCUUGACAGCUGUCCCAGGCCUGCCGCCCAAACAGAAGCCUUCCAAACCGAAGGACACCCCGGUCCCCGCACCUGAUGCUGACAACCCCAGGAAACCCUCGCGGACGGACGGCGAUGACAUAACGAAGAUCAGGGAGAGACAUGCCCAGGAAAAGGCAGCAGCAAGCACCUCGCGCCAGUCCGAGAUCGAGAAGAUGGAGGCCGAGAUCAGGAAGCUGUCGCGCAAGGCGCGCGGCGAGGACAGCGACGACGACGACGAGCGUGCGAAGAAGCGGCCGAAGAAGUCGCUCCUCGAGGAGGAGAUGGCCAAGUACGCGGGCGCGCGCGGCGUGCACAAGAAGACCAAGGACGGCAAGCGCGCCAAGGGCGAGGACGACGUGCUCGCCGCCCUCGAGGGCUUCCGCUCCAAGCUCAAGCUUAAGCGCAUCGCGCCCGGGUCUGAGGACGGGCCUGCAGAGGAGAACGUUGCCAAGGGCGAGGAUGCCGCCGUGCUUGGCGAGGAGGACCCUGGGGUGGAGGUCGAUGACGACACCGGAUUCCUGGGCCAUGCGCUGCAUUUCCCGAAGGACAACGCUGAGGAAGUCUUGAAGGCUGAGCGUGACUAUGAGGUAAUCGACCCGCGGCAGCGAAGCGCGAAGGCGAAAGAGGAGGUCAGGGAAAAGCGAAGGGUGGUCCGGCCGAGGGACGGUGGGCGUGGUUCCAGGAGAUACUGAGCGCGCGCGUUGCCUCGCAGGUGGGAUCUGUUGUGUUGGUCUUGUGCUCACUGAGGUCGUCGUCGCGAAUGUUCCAAUGUGUCUCAUUUACAUAUUGUUGCUAGUGAGCGUCCCGAGCUUACGACGAGUUUUCGC